AUGGAGCACUCUGGCAUCGGAGACAACUUCAAUGACGAUGUGGAGCCGACUGAUGAUCUGCCGUUGGGGGACAAGGUGGCGCGUGGCCUGUAUCUCCUGUCAGAGUUACCACGCAAGCUGGCGCAUCAACAACCAUGUGAGCUGCUGUAUGAGGAGUUGCGUCUGCAAUGGGCGGGGAUGGGAGACGACAUCAUCAUCAUAUGGCAGUACUGCAGGAUCAAGGGAACAGUCGCCGAGUUCAAACGCAAGGUGGUUCGAGGAGAGAAGCAUACGACGCGUGCACGAAUGAAACAAAAUGCCAUUGAGGCUAACCUUGACACGGCCGCCGUCAAAGAGUCAUAUCGCGUGCAUCGCGCAUGCUUCACUAGGCUGGUUUUGCUUCUAGAUGAGGAGAAGAGGGAAGAGAAGGUGCCAGCCAAGUGGGAAGAUCAUAAAAGUGAUUAG